AUGAUCCUGUGCAACUUAUUGGAUGACAGCUCCACGACAAGGUUCUCACCAGCUGGAGCAGGAUAUGGCAACUACGAUUCCAACAGCCAGACAUACUUCAUGGUCAUCCAAGGAAUCCAUGAAGAAGAGUCAGAGAUCGCUGUGAUCUCAUAUCACAUCCCAAGCAACACGACCAAGGAGUUCCACUUUGACUUGCCGAUCCUCAGCAAUGGCACUUACUCCAUUACUUAUGGAACGUAUUACAACUCCAAGUUCUACAUGCAGUUCGCCCCAUACUCAAUCGACAUCUCCACGUUGAUCUACCAGAUCGAUAUGAUCAAGAAUGAGACACAGUUGCUGUUUGCUGUGCCACACGACCCAGGUACAGAAGACACCAACACCUUCUAUUGA